CUAAAACACAUCCCUGUUCAAUGUUUUGAAUCGUAAUCAACGUUAAUUCCUCCUCGAUAUAUCUAUUUUUUUCAGUUCAUCGUCAUCCUCAUCAUCCUCAUCUUCAUGAUAAAAUCAUUUCCACCUUGAAAAUUUGGGAGUCUGAGUGUUCAGCUAAUCAACAAACCAACACAAUUAAUUGAAACACAGCAACAACAUCAACAACAAACGAGUAACUUACCAAAUCCACGAUGAUGAACAGUUAAGAUAAUCUUAAUUUGAUUACAACAAUUAACUUUCCUUUUAAAUUGUUGAUGAAUUUUUCUUUUCUAAUUAUGAUCAGUUUUGUGAUAAUCUAAUUGUUAAUCAGUUUUUAAUUUUUGUUUCUUUUCACUUAUUGAUUGUUUGUCCAUUCAUAUUGGUUGUUGGUGUUGUUAUAUUUUAAUUCACUGUUAUCAUUAUAAUAGUUUAAUCAACUACAUUAAUUAACUACAAUUUAUAUAUACAUAAAUCUAAGUAUUAAUCAAAGGAAUCGAUAAGUUAAUUGUUAAUACCUGUUCAAAAAUUGGAUUAAUCUGUCAAUCAUUUUUAUCGUAAUUAAUAAAUUAAGUGUUAACUAAAUUUUCUGUCAGUUGAUUAACAAAUUUACACCCAAAUUAUUGAUUAAUUGUUUUCACGAGUUUUCUUAAUUGUCAGCUUACAAUUUAAAUGUUCUCAAGUUAAAUCAUCAACAACAAUCAUCGGAAUAUAUAUAGAUAAAAAAAAAUCAACAAUCAACUGAAAUUUGGUAAAUCAAAUGACAACUUAAAUCAACAAUCAAAUCAAGUUAAUUAUCAUCAAAUUUGGGUUAUAAUUAACUAACCCAACAUCAACAUCUACCUUUACAAUCAACAUUUGAAUAGACACAAUUAAAUAAAAGCCAAUCACUUAACGAUUGAUCAUCUUCAUUGUGUCAUGUUAUCAUUAGUUAGUCCAACAAUUAACUUAAUCACUUUGGUCUGUUUAAUUAAUUGUGUUGUUUGUAAUCAAGUUUUCACCAAUUCAUUUUAUGUAAAACUCAACGGUCCCUAUGGGUCAGAUGUGGCCCACUCUAUAGCUCAGAAACAUGGAUUUAUCAACUUAGGACCGCUUCUCAGUUCUCCCCAUGAGUUUCAUUUUAUCCACCGGGCAUUACCUCACACCAGAACGAAACGAAGUAUAUCUCAUACCAGGAAGCUUAAAAACGAUCCACAGGUAGAAUUAGCAGUUCAACAAUCAGGAUUUAAACGAGUUAAACGUGGUUAUCGCCAACUAAUCCUUGGUCCUGAACAUUUAUCACUUAAUCAAGAACCAAGUGAUCCCUAUUUUCCUUUCCAAUGGUAUCUGCGGAAUGUUGGACAAAAUGGAGGUAAACCCAAAUUGGACUUAAAUGUUGAAGCUGCUUGGGCCCAAGGCUAUACAGGGAAAAAUGUAACAACCGCCAUAAUGGAUGACGGAGUUGAUUACAUGCACCCAGAUCUCCGAGAAAACUAUAAUGCGAAAGCCAGUUAUGAUUUCAGCAGCAAUGAUCCUUACCCAUACCCUCGGUACACUGAUGACUGGUUCAACAGCCAUGGAACUCGUUGUGCUGGUGAAGUAUCAGCGAAACGAGACAAUGGAAUCUGUGGAGUGGGUGUCGCUUAUGAUUCUAAAGUUGCUGGUAUUCGAAUGUUAGAUCAACCCUAUAUGACUGAUCUAAUCGAAGCAAAUUCGAUGGGCCAUGAACCGAAUCUAAUUGAUAUUUACAGUGCAAGUUGGGGUCCAACUGAUGAUGGUAAAACUGUGGAUGGACCUCGAAAUGCUACUAUGAGAGCGAUCGUAAGAGGAGUUAAUGAGGGACGAAGAGGAUUAGGUAAUAUUUACGUUUGGGCCUCAGGUGAUGGUGGUCAAGAUGAUGAUUGUAAUUGUGAUGGUUAUGCUGCUUCUAUGUGGACAAUAUCAAUUAAUUCAGCAAUUAACAAUGGCGAGAAUGCUCAUUACGAUGAAUCAUGUUCAUCAACAUUAGCAUCUACCUUUAGUAAUGGAGCUAAAGAUCCUCACACUGGAGUGGCAACGACUGAUCUGUAUGGUAAAUGUACCAAAACUCAUUCAGGAACUUCAGCUGCUGCUCCUGAAGCCGCUGGUGUUUUUGCUUUGGCUCUUGAGGCCAAUACCAAUCUUACCUGGAGGGAUAUUCAACAUUUAACUGUAUUAACCUCCAAAAGGAACUCCCUGUAUGAUAGUAAGAAUCGUUUCCAUUGGAAUAUGAAUGGAGUUGGACUUGAAUUUAAUCAUCUCUUCGGAUAUGGUGUUCUGGAUGCCGGUGCCAUGGUUGCCUUGGCUUCAAUAUGGAAAACGGUUCCACCUCGUUACCAUUGUGAAGCAGGUUCCAUACAGAAAACAAUUCCUAUUCCAAGUAAUGAGAGCAUUUAUCUUCAUAUUGACACCAAUUCAUGUGCUGGCAAAGAAUCAGAAGUUAAUUACAUCGAACACAUUCAAGCUGUUAUUACACUAAAUUCAACCCGCCGUGGAGAUGUUACCCUAUUCCUCAUAUCUCCAAUGGGCACAAGAUCAAUGAUUUUGAGUCGACGUCCAAAAGAUGACGAUUCUCGUGAUGGUUUUACAAAAUGGCCCUUCAUGACGACCCACACUUGGAGUGAAAAUCCUCGAGGCCGAUGGACUUUGGAAAUUAAAUUCGACGGUGAAAAUCCACAGAAAGGUUUCUUUAAAGAGUGGACAUUAAUGGUACAUGGAGCUAAAGAACCACCUUACAAGGAUCUUCCAGUGUUAGAUAAAAAUUCAAAGCUCGCAAUCGUUAAAAAAGCUCACGAAUUGGCCUCAGCCCAUUAGAGAGGCAAAAAGAACCAAAAGAAAACCAUCAGAACAUACAAUCAUCACAAUUAUCAUUUUAUCAACAUCAUCAGAAUUACCGACAUGAUACCACAAAGAUAAACCAUUAAGCCCAUUAGAUCAACCUCACCCUCACCCUCACCCUCACCCUCUCUCUCUCUCUCCUUCUCUUUCUCUCUCAUUAAAAUCCACCACUCGGGAAAUGUUGGCGGUGGGAAGGAGGAAAAAAAGACAAAUCAAGAAAUAAUAUAAAAAUAUGAAGACUACCACCCACCAGAAAACCCACCCUGAUGAACAGAGGAAAAGAUUUAAUCUGAUUGAGAAUUAACUUAAUCUUUUCAACGAAAAUCCGUUUUUUUUCAAUGGACAGAGUAACUUACGAUUACGAUCAAAAGUAAACCCACAAAAUAAUCUUCUAACUCCCACUCUUUCCGAACAUCUCCCUCAUCUUUUUAUUUAUUUUCUUAUCCUCUUCAUCACUUCCACAUCUUCCUCUUCAUCAUUAUCAUCGUCAUCAUCAUCUCUCCAAUUAUUAAUAUUCGAUAAGAUGAGAUAAGAGAAGAAGAAAAGAAAAAAAAAUUCUGUAAAAGGAAAAGGAAACACAAAAGAGAAAAAAACAAUUGCAAUCAACUCCUGA